UGGCGAGAGUUGAGCCCCCUGAUCCUGUGACUGGGGGCUGGGGGAGGGCCGUGCGCACUGAGAAGCAAGGAAGGCUCCCUGGAGGAGGCGGGCUUUGGGCUGAGGAGGGUGGCCUAGGCACGGUGGCGCCUGUGAUCCAGGCAUCUAGGCAGGGUCUCCUCAGGUUUACUAGCCUGGGGCGUGAGAGUGUCUGGUUGGGGCAGGUGGGCCCGUGUUGGGUCCCAGGUGUCAGCUCAGAGUCCUCCUGGGGUGGGUGGUGGACUCUGGCUGUAGGCGAGGGGCAGGGAGGUGGAGGUCCUGGGGUCCUUGGGAGGCUGGCCAGCGCUUCUGCCAGUCUGGAGUUUGGCCCUGGCCGCCUGCCCCAGUGGUGUUCGCUGUCCCGCACCCUGGCACGUGCGGAGCCACGAGCAGAAGCCACUUCCCUGCCCUGCCUGCCCCCCCUUCCCAGGCUGACUGGACGCACAUCCUGUCCCCGGCUGGGAUGGGGCCUUGAGUCACAGCGGCCUGGGGUGGACCCAGGCUCGGGUGUAGAGGCGGCUGCGUCUGCAGAGAGCUGAAGCGCUGCAGCAUGGCGCGCGGUUGCCUGCAGGGCGUCAAGUACCUCAUGUUUGCCUUCAACCUGCUCUUCUGGCUGGGCGGCUGCGGCAUCCUCGGCGUGGGCAUCUGGCUGGCGGCCACGCAGGGCAACUUCGCCACCCUCUCCUCCUCCUUCCCAUCGCUGUCGGCCGCCAACCUGCUCAUUGUCACUGGCACCUUCGUGAUGGCCAUCGGCUUCGUGGGCUGCAUUGGGGCCAUCAAGGAGAACAGAUGCCUUCUGCUCACCUUCUUCGUGGCGCUUCUGCUGGUGUUCCUGCUCGAGGCCUGCAUCACCAUCCUCUUCUUCGCCUACACUGACAAGGGUGCCCCUGCCGUCCUGCAGAUCGACAAGUACGCCCAGCAGGACCUGAAGAAGGGCCUGCACCUGUACGGCACCCCGGGCAACGUGGGCCUCACCAACGCCUGGAGCAUCAUCCAGACCGACAGUCCCAUUCCACCUCUCCUGCAGUUCCGCUGCUGCGGGGUCUCCAACUACACCGACUGGUUCGAGGUCUACAAUGCAACGCGCGUGCCCGACUCCUGCUGCCUGGAGUUCAGCGAGAGCUGCGGGCUGCACGCGCCUGGCACCUGGUGGAAAGCGCCGUGUUACGAGACCGUGAAGAUGUGGCUCCAGGAGAACCUGCUGGCCGUGGGCGUCUUCGGGCUGUGCACGGCCCUGGUGCAGAUCUUGGGCCUGACCUUCGCCAUGACCAUGUACUGCCAGGUGGUGAAGGCGGACACCUACUGUGCGUAGCUGCCUGCCACCCCGCUUCGCUGCCAAAGGACAUCGCCCGCCCAGGAGACAGCCGGGCCCCGUCUGCCUCUCUUGCCGAAGGACCUUUCGCCAGCCUCAGGAGUGCCAUGCCCGAGUGGGCAGCCAGCGGCCAGCCACACAUACUCCCGGGGCUGGGGUAUGCAGGGGCUUCUGGCGCUUUUCUCUUCCAAGUGUUCUCCAGGGCAGUGUUCCCCACCAGCCCUGUCUGGAGCAGGGGGUGGGAGGUGAGGGGUGCCCCGCUGGCCCUGGUGCUGGAGACGGGCCGCAGGCUGCUCCCCCACACCCCACAGCAGGGCCGUGGCGGGCUCCGGGCACGUCUAAUAAAGUGUGGGCAGCAGCCCCCGACGUGUCUUUCAGUGCCCUGACCCAUGGGUCCUGCACCCACUCCCACAGUCUGGUACUUGGAGUGGGGCUCCCAGAUGGGCGUGGUCCCCCCCGCCCCCCUGCCUACACGGGUUGGCAAGGAAGCCCAGGAGGUGGGCUCCAAGCUGCAGCAGAGAGGGGCCCCGAGUCUUGCUGACCCACCCAUGGCCGGUGCUGUGGGCACCCCAUCUCCAUGCCCCGCUCCUGACAUGAGGAUGCUCCCCCAGCCUCAGGGCUGCCUCCUCCCCAGGGGUGUCCUCCUGAAAGGCGGUCAGCCCCAUCUUUGCCAUUCUUUCUGUUCACAUCUUGUUCCUGGAAGCUUCAUCCCUAAGUGUCACUCAUGGGUUUUGUGAAUAAAGUCGGGAUGGAAGCAGCUGUCA